AUGGAGAGAAGGAGAAACAGGAACGUUUCAGUGAGAGAGAAGAGGGAGGAGAGACGAAAAAGAGAGAGCCAUAAACGUGAGAGAGAGGCGAGACCGAGGAAGAGUCCGAGAGAGGAGGAAAAGGAAAGAGGAGGGACGUUACGGCAGACGCAGGACACUGGAGGAAGAAGAGAAAAAAACUGGAGGAGGAGAGACGAGAAACACGACAGAAAAACCAAACGAGAGGAAAGCGGAGGAAACGAGGGAGAGAGCAUGAAAAAAAGAGAGACAGCCAUGCAACACGUCAAAACAGAGCACGAACGGCUCUAUUGGCACGGGUUCACGCGGCUCUGGAAUUUGCGGGAGUUGUUUACAGCUUCAGCUUCAAACUCAACCAUGGGAAAGAAACAACAGGAUAUCUCCAGAGCCAGCGAGCCUAUAACCGAGGAAGACCCAGUCUACCGGGCGACCAAAGCAGAGAAGAAGAAGAAAAGAAGAAGAGCAACAGAAAGUGGGUAUUGCAAGGAAAUAGGAGUGACUGAGUCAGUAGUCUCAGCUACUGGAAAGAAAGUUUGGAUCAAGAAAUAUUUAGUAUUCAACAAUGGAGAAUCUCCUCAUGGCACUGAAAUCAGCUGGGUCAUACAAAAGUACCAUCUUUGCUCUUCAGGCUCUCACAAUAUGUCUCGUACAAACACAUAA